AUGACCCUCAAGCCAAUCAAGCUGUACUGGAGAAACCACGUCCCCAACCCCUCCAAAGUCCUCAUCAUCCUUGAGGAGUUGAACCUCCCCUACGAGACCGAAUGGGUUGAGCUCGACGGGCUCAAGCAGAAGCCCUUCACCGAUGUGAACCCCAACGGCCGCGUGCCAGCCAUCAUCGAUCCCAACACCGACCUGACUCUGUGGGAAUCCGGCGCCAUCGUGCAGUAUCUAAUCGACACCUAUGACAAAGACCACAAGAUCUCAUACUCGACCUUCCCCGAAAAAUACCACCUGGCGCAGUGGUCCUAUUUCCAAGCCUCCGGACAGGGGCCGUAUUUCGGGCAGUCGGCGUGGUAUCGGGUAGCGGGGGUACUCGACAAGGUGCUCAGCACACAAGAAUGGCUCGUGGGAGAGAAAUGCACGUAUGCAGACCUGGCGUUCGUGAUGUGGAACAUGCAGAUCACGUUUUUCAUGGGGGAGGAGUUUCCGCAUUUUACACGGUGGCAGAAGGCGAUGUUGGCGAGGGGGGCGGUGCAGAAGGUGGUCAGUGUGCUUGGGGAGGAGGUGGUUAGGAGUGCGUAG